GAAAAGACUAUUUCCUUUUACGACUUCCAAACGGAUUAUCACAUUUUAAAGCCUAUAAGCCAAAACUCCUCCCACAUUUGAAAUUUUACUUUAAUUGAUUACUCGUUUCGUUGCCGCCUAAUGGAUAAACUGGUUUUAUUUUGGAACGGCCAUAACCAAUAAUAGUAAAGUGUGCUCAAAUCGCCCGGGGUGCAACCACUUUGAAAACACAGGGGAUGAUGUGCAGACCAAUGGGAGCAACUUAAAACAUCGCCAGGGCAGGGCUCGCUAGUGUUACGAGUCGAAGGUACACUGUACUGGGGGUUGAAUUGUAAGUGUUCGCGAUAAAGAGAGAGCAAUUUUCAAUUUGCAUUGAGGUGUGUAUAUUUAAGCUCAUAGAUCCUAGAGUAACAAUUAUGGCGUAAACAAAUUCUAAAUAAUAAAUCAUGACUACUGUGUAACUAAAAUACGUGUACAUUUAUUUAGGUUUAGGAGAAAAAGUUGUAUUAUUUACAGGUUAAUAGCACUCAUAACUUUCUCGUAAUGUAAUCCGAAUGACGGGCUAAGGAGUAACCUAAUGACAUGCGCAGACGUAAAGAGCGAGGUGGAGUUUCGUGCUAUUGUGAUUAGGCACUCCAAAAGCUAUUGGCGUUGCUUGUAAAAUAGUCGGAAACUUAGUUUCGAUACAGCAACUUAAGCUAGGCCAUAUAAAAUAUAUACAGACUCUAAAAUCAGUGACUAACGGCGUUUGCACGAGCCGGUGCUACUCCACAGCUAUGGAGAAAUUGGCACAAUUUGUAACCAAAUCCUUUGAAUAUAAUUUAACCAACAACCGCGUUCAUGACUUGUUUACCUCAAUGACAGGCGUGCGAAUUCAAAAACAAUCGGAAACCACAAAUUCCAUCCUCGUAAAUUCCAAUAGUUCAGGCGAAAGUUAUACCGAUAACUGCACCAGUGACGACGAAACUGUAGAUAUUGAUAUAACUGAUAUCUCUAUUUCGGAAAAUACAGAAAACACAGAAAACACAGUUGGAGAUGAACACAAACCAUCUCCUAAGGAUGCUACGUUCAGAAAACACUGUUCAAGCCAGAGUACACUUCAGUCAAAUGUGUCGAAGCCAAGAAACUGGCUAAUAUCCGAGGAUUUGCAGACGGAAACCAGGUCAGGAGAACUAGCUCCUGGUAAUGUAAGUGACUCCUCAGACGACAGUAGCACGCCAAAAUUUGCAACUGAUGACCUUGCUAUGGAUGAAAAGGCUAGCUCUAAGGAUCAAGCAGCAAUACGACACUCAUCUAUGGUAUGCACUAAUAAGCAGCGCCGAUCCCGUACCAAUUUUACGCUCGAUCAGCUCAACGAACUGGAGCGACUCUUUGAAGAAACACACUACCCUGAUGCCUUUAUGCGAGAGGAAUUAAGUCAGCGAUUGGGGCUUAGCGAGGCUAGAGUGCAGGUUUGGUUUCAAAACAGACGAGCAAAAUGUAGAAAACAUGAAAGUCAAAUUCAUAAAGGUAUCCUGGAACAGUUUAAGCCUUUACUACAGAUUUAUGCAAUUUAAUGUUUUUCGUAGUCUAGUAAGGAAGAGUAGUCAGUAACUCAACAAGCACCCACCCCGUUAAUGUCGAGGCAGAGCGGCGAAGCAAAAAAGCGAAGGCUAAUACCCAACGAAGGGCUAUUUCGAUAGCUUAAAAAUAAGUCUACACCCAAGGCAAAGAACACCACUAUUUUACAAGAAGGCUCCAACCCCUUCCGAACAAAAGAGUAAGUUGGAACAGACUGGUCGGCCAUCUCCCAGGUGGAGUAAUAAGUAAAUACCGAGAUAAUUGAUAUAUGGCAGUCGUCUUCAUCUGAAAGACGGCCGGAUAAAUCGCAUCUCAUUUAUACAUUACAGACCAAUCAGUUAAUCAACGUUGUGUAUUAAAUCUAUGAAAUGAGUACUGGAUUUAUAUACCAGAAAAAUGAACAAGAAACAACUGCUGAACACGCUCAAGAGUAGAUCCAAUCAGACCGCACGGCACGAAAUAUUUGGAUAUAUUUUAAAAGCCAGUCAGCAUAAGGAAUCGUGGCUGCCCACCUUGCUCAACAUUGAGGGAAUCUUCAACAACGUGGGAAUCGAUUCAAUCACGGCCGCACUGUCCAGUUGACAACUGUUUUUUUUUCUCAUACUGAACAUGGCCAUAUCUCUGGAUGAGAAAAGAGAAAGUGCCGAAUUUUGACUAAAUUCCUCCUUGUAUACAAAUUAAUGUGCAAGUUUUUUUUGAAUAUUAUUAAGUGAGCCGUAACUUUUGUAGUAAACUGAAACUUUACAACUAAGAGAAUUGUUUGUUUACC